CUAUGACGCAACAAAUUAUGGCGAACCUCAUAUUUGCACACGAUCGGAUUUUCACACGAUCGAAUUUUCACACGAACAUAUCAACAAACACAUGUUUUGCACACGGAUCACAUCAUAUAUAUCAGAAAGCGCCAAUUAAUAUUAUUUAAACUUAUUAGAAUACUACGACUACUGAGACCACUACGAAUUAAAAAUGCCUGCACCUUGUAACUGUAUCGAAACAAAAGUGUGUAUCUGUGAAACUGGCUGCAGCGGUGACGGUUGUCGUUGUGGUGAAUGUAAAUGUUCCGGUUGUAAAGUAGCUUGCACGUGUUCAGGAGGCUGUGCGUGUGAAGGAGGAUGUACUUCAAAUUGUAAAUGUGAACCUGGCUGUUCCUGCAAGUGAAUCAAAAAGACAAUAUACUCGAACUUAUUCCAUUCAUCAAAUCAUCCAUUAUGUAUUAAAAUUUCAUGUCCAACUA